UAUUGUUCGUCCAGGACGCGACAGAUUCGAUAUGAGGGGUGGUAUUGAAAAUUGGCGAAACCAAUAAGGGUAUUUAUGAAAAGAAUAAAAGAAGGUUAACGAUCGUGACGGAGCCUCAACCAGAAGGGCCCCACCAUGUGGGAAGACGAUCAAAAUUUCUCAGUACUUAACGGAACCGUGAGAAGGCUGACGAGGGAAGUCUUGAGCAGUUCACGGCAGUGUGUGUUCCGUCAAAUCCCUUUCGUCAGAAAUUGAAAACGCCCUCAACGUUUCGUCUCUCCUUCCCUAACGCCGUCGUUCCGGUGAAGCUUGAAUCCUAACCCUAACGUCCUCUAAUGGCUUCCUGUGACGACGACUUCUCUCUCCUCAACGACGAUCACCACCACCACCAACACCACCAAUCCACCACCAACCACCAUCAUGUACCAACGCCUCACCACAUCCAUCAAUCCUACGCAUCUCACCGCUUCACACCUCGACCGUCUUCAGUUCACGCGCCGCCUCCUCCUCCUAAUCAACCGGCUCAACCGAUUCUCGCGCCGUCCGGAAGUCCAAAGAAGAUCGGUGCUCCGAUAGAGGAGGAAGAGGAUGCGGAGGAUUAUGGUGAUGCUGCUUUCUGCUCCAGUUCGUUUGAUAAUGGAGAUCCGAAUCGGCUUGGUGUUGGUGUUGAUGUGCGUAUUGAGAAGAGGAAGGAUCAGUCGGAUGAGCUUGCGGAGGAAGGAGGUUCUUAUAGUAGUUAUAAAAGAGCGAAGCCUUCCUCCAGUGGCGGAGAAUACAGGAAGGAUCGAGAGGAGUGGAGCGAUGCGGCUAUUUCCUGCCUUCUGGAUGCGUAUACCGAGAAAUUUACGCAGCUUAAUAGGGGGAAUUUGAGGGGGAGGGAUUGGGAGGAAGUGGCUGCAACUGUCAGUGAACGGUGCGAGAAGCAGAGCAAGAGCGUAGAGCAGUGUAAGAAUAAGGUGGACAAUUUAAAGAAGAGGUAUAAAUUGGAGAGGCAUAGGAUGAGUAACGGUGGUGUUUCGAUCAGUCACUGGCCUUGGUUUAAGCAGAUGGAGCAAAUUGUUGGAAAUUCUUUGACAAUGAAGGUUGUGUCUGAUGAGGAUCGGAGUGUUGCCUCCUCAGGGAAUACUCCGAGGAUAUCGAAGAGGUACGUUCUUCCUGCACCGAAUACUGCUGGUCACAUGAAUAAUGUAAAACCCAAAGCAGUUACCAGCCCAAGGUGGCGAAGAGUCGUCUUUAAAAUCAGUGGUACGGCUCUUGCAGGGACUGGUCCUAACAACAUCGACUCAAAGGUUGCAAUGGCAAUCGCCAGGGAAGUUGUAAUGGCUUGUCGCCUGGGUGUGGAGGUGGCAAUUGUUGUUGGAGGUCGUAACUUCUUCUGUGGAGACUCUUGGGUGACUACCACAGGUUUAGAUAGAUGUACAGCAUACCAAAUUGGUAUGAUGGCUACUGUGAUGAAUUCAAUACUUCUUCAGUCAGCAAUAGAGAAGAUGGGAGUUCAGACUCGUGUCCAAUCUGCAUUUAUGCUUCAGGAGGUUGCUGAACCAUACAGUAGGCAACGUGCUAUAAGGCAUCUCGAGAAAGGCAGAGUAGUUAUAUUUGGUGGCAUUGGUGCUGGCACUGGAAAUCCCCUAUUUUCUACUGAUACAGCUGCGGCUCUCCGAGCUUCCGAGAUUCAUGCUGAGGCAGUUCUUAAGGGUACAAAUGUUGAUGGGGUGUAUGACUGCAAUUCGCAAGACAACAAUUUUACGUUCAAGCACAUAUCUUUCAGGGAGUUGGUAUCAAGAGGUGCCACUAGCAUGGACAUGACAGCAUUAACUUUCUGUGAAGAGAACAACAUUCCUGUGGUCGUCUUUAAUCUUCUUGAGCCUGGAAAUAUCUCAAAAGCAUUAUGCGGAGAGCAAGUGGGUACAUUGAUUGAUCAAAAUGGAAGAAUUAGCUAGUGUUCGUAAAACUCAAAUAUUUAGUAUUAGGUUAUGUUGGGUCGAAUCGAGUCCGUAGAUUGUUUGGUGGGCUCUUUAAGAAAUUAUAGCUACCUCCUCCUUUAGGAUUGGGAGUGUUUGCUAUGUUACUUGCCAAGUACCAGAGUGUGAAAGUAGAGUAGAUUUUGAUUACUGAUUUUGAAGAUCAUAUUCUUGGUGUGGUGCCAAAAUUUCUUCCGCAUUUGCCUUUGUAUUGUAAUGUAUUUGUAUGUAUAUUAUUAUUGAUUCAGUGGAAGGGUAGAUUAAGAAAAUGGAUGGGGUGUGACAGAUUUGAAGUAUAUUGGUGGUCAUGUUAUCUCAUUAAAAUAAAGUUAUACUUGUCAUGUAAUGUAUUUGAAGUGUUUGUAAGUUGAAUAUCAAUUUGGCUCACUGCCACCAUUUUCAAUCUAUGAUUCAACACAACUUUUUGUUGUU